AUGAUCAUUUUAUCCCCAGCGUCCCCGACACAACUGAAGUCAGAAGACAAAAGCAGCUGCCGCUCCAGGUUCCGCCACUGGUGCCGCAGUCGGCGCUGCCAGCUGUGGAGGCUGCUCCUUCUGCCCUUCAUCCCGAUCCUGGCUCUCAUCGUGCAGACCACCUUCUCCUUGAGGAACAGCCUCACUAAUGGCGUGGAGGUUGCAGAUGUUGAGGAGCAGGUCAGUCGAGCUACCGAACUCGGCAAGCUAGUCACAAGGCUACAGCAAGAGAGAUCUGAAGUAGCAUUCUUCAUAUUUACUAACGGGAGCACUCUAAGGUCAAAUCUAACGCAGCGGUUUGCCGGCACGGAUAGCGCGGUCCAGCAGAUGGGCGAGCUACCCCUGCUGGUCUUCAAGAACCGCGUCGAACCAGUGGAUGGGCCGGCUUUCCUUGCAGAGCUUUAUGAUCUCAGAGCCAAAAUAAACCCGGGUACAUCUAUGACGGAGGCUGUAGAGUGGUACACGAACGCCAACGCAGCGUUGCUCACACACCUCACCAAGGAAAUCAAGGAUACCGACAGCAGUACGAUAUGGAGAUAUCUGGUAGGAUUCAAAAACCUGCUUCGGAGUAUAGAAUGCAAAGGCAUAGCUUCAGUUUUGGGGAUCAAUUAUUUUGCACGUGGCUAUCUACAAGCAAGGGCGCAUGAGAAGUACAUAAGCCACAUGGUGCUAGGUAGAGACCUGCUUGACAACACUCUGAACCUGGUUCCGUCGCUCAUACCAUUGCAUAUGGAUAUUAAGGAGGACAGCCCCGAAUACCAAGUGUUGGAGAAAAAGAAUCAACAGAUAGUGGACAACAAGCAUCAGGCUGGAAGUGUCAGUGCAGCCAUAGAAUACUUCGACCAGACCGCCACUUUACUUGGAAAAUUGAGAGCUGUACAAAAGCAACUGAGAGAAUACAUAAGAGAGGGCGUGAACCACAGCUUACAAGAGGCACGUCGAAGCGAGGCGGCCUGUGCUGGUAUCCUCAUCCUUGUGUGUGUGGUGUCCCCCAUCAUCAUAGCACUGGUCAGGAACGCCGUUAAUACUAUACAGGUGUACGCGCGUAACUUGUCAGAGAAAGCCAGAGAGUUGGAGUAUGAGAAAGAACUGAGCGAUUCUCUGCUUUAUCAGAUGCUGCCGGCCAGCGUCGCUAAACAACUAAAACAGACUCAACAGGUACCAGCCGAGUUCUUUGCGUCAGUGACCGUGUACUUCAGUGACAUAGUGGGGUUUACUGCCAUCGCGGCCGUGUCCACGCCUUACCAGGUGAUAAGCUUCCUGAACUCCGUGUACAAGCUGUUCGACGAGCGAAUUGAAUGCUACGACGUGUACAAGAUUGAGACUAUUGGAGACUCCUACAUGGUCGCGUCUGGGCUUCCUGUUAGGAAUGGUAAUAAGCACGCCACUGAGAUAGCAAGUAUGGCAUUGGAACUGUUGGAGGCGACGUCCAUGUGCCGUCUGCCGCACCGCCCCGAUCAGGCGUUAUGUAUGAGGAGUGGUAUCCACACGGGGCCGUGCGUGGCUGGCAUAGUGGGUACGAAGAUGCCGCGGUACUGUCUGUUUGGCGAUACAAUCAACACUGCCAGUCGGAUGGAGAGCACUGGUGAACCAAUGAAGAUACAAAUAUCGGAAGAUGUGAAGCGAGCUCUGGACAAGACUGGCCUAUUCAUCACCACACCGCGAGGAGUCGUCGAUGUAAAGGGUAAAGGUGAGAUGACAACAUACUGGCUGGAAGGCAGAAACGGUCCAUCACCAGUCAGACCCACCGCCUCGUUGGACUGCACGCCUAGCUUCCUCGCCCGGAUUCACUCGCAAGGCCGCUCCUCGCCGAGAUACCAACCAGAGCCCAAGAAAAAUUGAAUUAUUUCUAAGGCUGAGGCUGACAGCUUACUUUGACUUAGCUCAAACUUAAGUUUCAGUUAAAACGAGUUAAAUUUAUGCCAACGAAUGCUCUCUUGUUUUAAAACUGUAGUCUGAGCAAAUUCAAAGUGCGCUGGGUAGAUCUUAGCCUGAGAUCAGAUAGUUAGAAUUAACUCGAGCGAUCGUUCUAAUUAACUGCGUUGUGUGUCGUACGCUGAGUUGUUCGAAACAAAUUCAAGUGUAGAUUAAACUAAUUUAGUCACAAGACUCCAUAGAAUUCUUGUAUUAUUAAAGUCUCCAAUUAAUUUAUUGAAUUUGUUUAGAACAACUCGAUGUAAGCAAGGUCAAAGUAUGAGUAUACUCUAAAGAUCUCAGAAUAAAAACUUUGGAUGCAUAAUUACUAGGCUAUUACCAGAGUGAUCGCA